AUGACAGCGAAUAACACAGCAGUCUCGUUUCAGAAGUUGUCAACAACCUCUUCUGCUCUCUCUUCUUCUCUCCUUUCUUCUUCAGGUUCCGUGAUGCCUGUGAGGAUUUCUCAGACGGAGUUUCUCGGUUGCUUUCCCUCUUCGGCGUACACCGUCUGUCGCACAAUCUCUCGCAGGUGCCAUAUGUUUUUGCUUCGCAGUCACCUCUCUCGGCUGGCUGCUUCUUUUUACAGCAAAGAGCGCGAGCACCCGCUUCUCAGUGUUGACGGUCGCGAUGGGUGCAGCUCCUCUUACGUUCUCUCUCGGUCCACAGCGACUGGGCUUGGAGAAGAGAAAGCAGAGGUCGAGGAAACGGAGCUCAGACGAACGACAGAGUCUGCGCUUCUUCCCUCUCACGAAGACAUCGCCGUUGCGCUCACAGACAGUCUGAAAACUCUUCUCAGAUACGCCAGCCGUCUCCACGAUCCUUCCUUCUUUCCAACUGCCGCUCCUUCAUUUACGUCUUCUCCUGUGAAUGCUUCUUCGUCUGCUUCUUCGUCUGCUUCUUCGUCUGUCUCCCCGACAGCUCCGCAGCUGGCUUCCGACUGGCGUUUCUCGGUAGUCGUUGUGCGUCUCUCGCUAGCGCGCUUGGCCAGGCUGCUUUACAGUCUUCGAGAGAGAGGAGCUACGCGCAAGCCGUUCCAAGAGGGGAGGCAGAACACCGACGACAAGGAAGGCAGGAACUCCACGACCAUACGACAGACGAGAAGCCGCCGACUCGCGUUCGAAGAGUGUGACGGAGAGGAGAUGGCAACGCAGACGGCAACGCAGACGGCAGACGGCCCGACGCGCGCGGCAGAGAACUCGGCAAAGGGAGAGAACAGGAAGGAGAAAAACGAUUCGCAAAGAGACGAAGCAGACGCGCUGGUGCAGAACGGACGGUGCACGGAGCCUCGUCGAGACGGCAGCGAAUCCCUUCUUUACUGGACGGUGAUCACACCAAAGUCUCCCGCUUGUGAAGCCAAAGAAAGAGACCGAGGAAACUGCGUCCGCCAUGAUGGGGAAGACCGAGCUCUGAAUGGACGAAGCACGAGAAGUCUCCAGAACUCUUUUUCGUCUUCUUUUUCUGAGACUCCAACGGUCCUUCAGACGACAUGUCUGCCAAUCGAAACUCCUUCCGCAGCGCCUUUCUCUCCUUUCUCCUCUGCCAACCCAAUCUGCCCUUCCACCUCGUCGUCUCUCGCUGAACCUCCUCCCUCGUCUCUCUCCUCUUCUUCUCUCUCUUCUUCUCUCUCCUCUUCUCUCUCCUCUUCUUCUCUCUCUUCUUCUCUCUCCUCUUCUUCUCUCUCUUCUUCUCUCUCCUCUUCUCUCUCCUCUUCUUCUUCUCUCUCUUCUUCUCUCUCCUCUUCUCUCUCCUCUUCUUCUUCUCUCUCUUCUUCUCUCUCCUCUUCUUCUGUCUCCUCUUCUUCUCUCUCCUCUUCUUCUGUCUCCUCUUCUUCUGUCUCCUCUUCUUCUGUCUCCUCUUCUUCUGUCUCCUCUUCUUCUGUGGUAUGCCUUUUGGUGUAUGCGGAGCCUCUGCGUGAGGCUUCUGUGCCGCUCUGCGGUCCAGUCUUUGCUUCUGCCUCUCACGCUCGUUCUUCUUCCUCUCCACCUUCACCUUCUUCGUCUUCUUCUGUCUCUUCUUCUUCCUCUCCGUGUAUGUCGGAAGAAAACGCGGCGAGAGGCUGCGUUGUUCUUGCUGUGCUGCAUGAAGGCCGAGGCAAUGCGCAGACCAAGGCGACGAACUGGGUCGAGGAGAAAGAACGACUUCUUUCGUUCGCUCGCGCUGCCGAGGAGACCACUGGAGAGAAAAUUGAAGAAGUCCUGUUGAUGAAUACGUCCCAGGAGAUUCUUGAAGGUUUAAGCAGUAAUUUCUUCGUCUACAGCGCCUCUCAGAAUCGCCUGUUUGCUGGCGACGCUGCGCGCUGUCUCCCGGGGACCGUUCGCGCGUUGGUGUUGAAGCUGUUGGAGAAGGAAGAGAUUUUUAUCUCGGAAUCUGCGCCCUGCUGGCGCCUCCGAGAAGCAGAAGAGUGGACCGCUGCCUUCCUCACCUCCACCUCGCGCCUCGUCUGCCCUGUCCGGAAAAUCCUCGUCUGGCGAGAGCGGACGCCAAACAAGGUCCAGCGGAAGACGCCGCGCCCCGGACCGCAGCGCCUCGCAGACGCAGCGAAAGAGAACAAGAAAACAUACCAGGCCAGCGCGGAGGCACGCACAGAAGCAGACGGCGAGAAAGAAGAACAAGAGAAAGAAGAAGAGCAAGAAGAACAAGAUGAAGAGUGUGACAAAGGACGAACGGAAGGAGGGCAAGUUGUCGCCACACUGGAAUUUGAUCUCCAGAAAGAACGUUUUUCUCUGAAGAUCGCCGAGAUGGUCCGCGAAGCAGCUGAUGCGGCGUCGACUGUCGUCGCCAUUGCCGACGAGUCAAGUCGAGAGGGAAGCUGA